CCGCCGCCGAAACUUCCACCGACCCCGCUGUCGUUGAAACCUAUUUUACACUCACUGAAGGCAGCAACAGAAUACGAUGUUCGAGAUCCGGUCGUCAGUUACUGGUGUCGAUUUUAUUCGGCGCAAGCGGCGCUGAAACUGGACCGAACUUCCCCAGAGGCCCGCGCCAUUCUCCUGCCGCUCAUGGACUGGCUGGAAAUGGCGAAGAAGGUCAUGAAGGGAGACGAGGCCAUUUCGAACGAGGUCGUUGCCCAGGCGCACGUUGAAAACGCCGCCUGGACUCUCUUCUCGUCUGCCGACACACAAGACCGAGCCAGCGUCUUCAACAAGAACGUGGUCAAACAAUUCUACACGUCCGGAGUGUUGUACGACGUGCUCACCACGUUUGGGGAACUGACGGAGGAGAACUUCCAACAACGGAAAUACGCCAAAUGGAAAGCCGCUUACAUUCACAAUGCUCUGAAGAAUGGGGAGACGCCGAUUCCGGGACCCAUGGCUGACGAAGACGGGGAAUUUGCCGGGCUUAUGGAUCCGAGUGGUGCCACUGGUGGUGUCGGGCAUGAGUUUCCGCAGCAUCCGCCACCACCAUUACCAGCGUUUCAUGGUUCCAUGGAUGGUAGUGGAGGAGGAGGCGGCGGCUAUGAUUUGUUGACUGGGGACAGGUUACCAACACCUGCACAAGUGGCUCCUCCUCCUCAACCUGUGGUGCCUGCUCCAGUGGCGGAAGCGGGGACUGUGAAGGCACUAAUUGAAAUCCUUUCGAUAGCCCAUCUCGGAAGUGCCGCCUCCGCCACCACCAGCAUCGUCAAACUCACUUGUCCGAAACGGAAGCACGUCCGUCCGUCCGUCCGUCUCUCAUCUUUCCGGUUUCGACACGACGCACGUAGUGACUCGUAA